GACGGCGGGAACUGGUCGUGGGCGGCGUGGGCCAACGUGACGCUGUCCGCGGCCAGCACGACCGCCAUGCCCAACGAGACGUACCUGCCGUACCACCUGCGGCCCGAGACCUACCUGGUGCCCAUCAUCUUCUCGCUCAUCUUCGUGGCCGGCGUGCUGGGCAACGGCACCCUGGUGCUCAUCUUCGCGCGCCACCGCAACAUGCGCAGCGCGCCCAACACCUACAUCCUGUCGCUGGCGCUCGGCGACCUCCUGGUCAUCAUAACCUGCGUCCCGUUCACGGGGACCGUCUACACGUUCGAGUCGUGGCCGUACGGGCCGGUGGUGUGCAAGGUGCAGGAGUUCACGAAGGACGUGUCGGUGGGCGUGUCGGUGUUCACGCUGACGGCGCUGAGCGCGGACCGCUUCUUCGCCAUCGUGGACCCGCUGCACCGGCUGGGCGGCGCCGCCGGCAGGGGGGCGGGCGGCGCGGGGGCCGAGGGGCUGCGCUCCACGCUGCUCGUCACCGCCGUCAUCUGGCUGCUCGCCGUCGCCUGCGCCACGCCCGCCGCCGUCAACACGCACAUCAACUACAUGGUGGUGAACCCGAAGGUGAGCAUCGAGAUCUGCUACCCGUUCCCCGACCUGGCGUACGCGCGCGUCGUGGUGCUGGCCAAGAUGGUGGUGUACUACGUGCUGCCGCUGGCGGUGAUCGCCGUCUUCUACGCGCUGAUGGCGCGCCACCUGCUGCGCUCGACGCGCGACAUGCCGCAGCACUGCAGCCAGGCGCGCCAGGUGCGGGCCCGGCGCAAGGUCGCCAAGGUCGUGCUCGCCUUCGUCGCCGUCUUCGCCGUCUGCUUCUUCCCGCUGCACGUCUUCAUGAUAUGGUUCUACAUGACGGAGGACGCCGACAAAAAGUACAACGACUGGUGGCACACGCUGCGCAUCCUGGGCUUCUGCUUGUCGUUCGCCAACUCUUGCGUGAACCCGGUGGCUCUGUACUGCGUGUCGGGAGCCUUCCGGAAGCACUUCCGCCGCUACCUGAUGUGCCGGUGGCGCCGCGCCCCGGCAAGUGGGGGAAGCGCCAGCAGGAGCAUCGGGCUCUCCGGCUACUACCACCGCAGGGGCACGACCACGACAACGAGCGCGUCGGGCCGCAGCCGCCUGCAGCACGGCGGCACCUUCACGACCUCACUAGGAUCAUCCCGCAAGGAGCGCUACUACUGCAAGCCCACCUGGGACACGACCACGUCCCUCGCCAACUUCGGCAGCCUGCGGCAGCUCAGCGGCCAGGUCGUGGGCGCCCCUCCCCACCACACCGAUGACAUCACCGUCACCACCUUCAUGAACGGCGGUGUCGGUGCCGGCGGUGGUGCGGGCGACGGCUGCAAGACGUAGGGACCGCUGCGGACAGCUGUUUGAGACAGUAACAAUGUUUCCAUCACUGAAGACCCUAGGAAGAUCAGUGAGAGGUGGACGCCACUUUCAGCUGCCAAAGUGACACGGAACUGCGUCAGUUUUAUUUGUGCCGUCGCCUUUUGGGGGAGCGACAACAGUCUUCUCAUGAGCUCUUGUGCGUCUACUGCUGGUGUUUGGCGUCCCGAAAGAAUCUGUACCUACAGCUGGCUGACUAUUCGGUGUGGACCAAACCCGUUUCAGUCAGUGAACCUGAAUUAACUACAGCACACGUGUUUUUGGCAAUAGUCGCACUGACGCUGCCUCCUCCUGUUGUCUCGUGAGGCUGUUUAGCAUCCGUAUCCUCUACAACACAUAAUUUCUCUUCAGGUAUUUACUAGGGAAUUACGGCCUUUUGCUAGCCGUCACUGUCUGGCAGGUACGUUGAUGUUAACUUGGUGCAUCGGUGGACAUAAUAAAUUGUGGAAGAAUUGUUGCAUUUUGUUUGGUGUCACUAUUAUUGGAUGAAGAACCAGUAUAAAUGAACCAUGCAAAAGUUACCUUAUGUUGAUUGAGUCAGUAUCAUUCCUAUGCGCAAGACGAGAUACACCGUUCUUGUACACAUACGUACUACAUUUGUGACUGUAAUGUAAUGACAUCACAGCACUAGUGCUUUGAUCACGUGCGGUUCUUUUGUGUGCCCUGAACUAGUUCUCUGAUCAUGUUUCACGUCACCUAGACGCUGUUUCGUGGAUCUUACUGUAGUACUGUCGUUAAAGAACAUGGUAUUUGUUAAAAUAGUUUACAAAUGAGAACAGGGGUUAUCAAACAUACUACGUCGGCUAACAGGGUUAAUAUGGUGCUACCUCUCAUCGUAGUGACUGUACAAAGUGGCUCACAGGGUUGAGUGUUGGAAAAAAAGACUUAAAACGAUAAGUUACAAAUUUACAACGGAAAAUGUAUUUUUACUAAGGACACCUGUGUGUAAAGUGAUUAAUUAAAAAUUUUACGGACGUAGAUGUCAUAGUGGACCAGCAACACCUGUGCCAGAGACGUCUUACUGCGUAAUUCAGUUCCAGACAUUCUCAUCAUACGCUUCUAAAUAAUUGGUACGCCCAUAGGAUACACGUCAUAGUUUUAAGAUUGUGAUACACAGCUUUCGUGAACUGACCCAGCAUUCCGUCAACGCCAGCUUUAGGCCUUUAUAUUAAAAUACAGUUGUACUUAUCUGAUAUACUUAGUACAGGAAGGCUGUCGAAUGGACUUCUGAUGCCGUUUAACCUGAAUGUGAAGACUCACGAAGAAAUAUUACCUAAUUAACUCACAGACAGAAAUAAAUAAAACUAAGUUUCAACGCUAUAAAACCUCUGCCGUGCGGUGUAAAGCAAUUCUCCUAAAUUGUAUGUGCUCUAAUACUGACGAGACUUGGGUCUUAUGACACGGUACAUGAAGAUUAAGGAACUGCGCUAGAGUUCUGUUCUUUGUACCUUCCGUUCUUUAAAUCUGAAUAACAAUAAGAUAGUCUUGAAAAUGUAUUUCCGAAUUCCUACGUGGUACCUGAGUCACUUAGAGGAUGAUAUAAACUUUGUAUUCGGCUGCAGGAAAUUGCUAUUCAGCGGUUCUUUAAGAUUUCAGGACCGAACUGAAAUAAUGACUCCUACCAUAACGGGAAAUCUGUGUUAUGGUGACACGAUUUUACUAGUUAGUAGGAACCAAUCGACAGCGAGUCCACUUAGGGAAUCGCUUCAUGCUGUGUAAAUAUUUUUGUCAGAACCUUUGUCAUGUUUGCGUGCCAGAAUAGGAUGUUCUGAUUUCAUCUAACAUUGUCGUAUCCCGUGUGGAACGAAGUAGAUAUUCCUCACACUGUAUAAAAAAUGUUGCGAUUACAGCCAUUUACAGUCCUCUGAUUAGCUCAGUGCUGCAAAAAUAAGAGAUUCGUCUCCAUAUGUACAUAGUCAAGAAAUUAAUGUAAUGCUACUCUCCACAGCUCUUGUCAGAUGUUUUCUA